AUGAAUGUGGAGGCUUUUCUGAAAGAGAAGAGACUGAGAAACAGCAAGAGGCCUUUCAGCUAUGAGGCUCCUGAUAAACCAGUGACUGACGCACUGAAAAACCUUGAAGUCAACUACUUCAACAUUGUGGUCAACUCUGCUGUGACAUCCAUGGAUGAGAGAUUUGAAACACUCAACCGGGUGAAAACCAAAUAUGGAGCGCUGCUGAACUUCAACACUGCCUCUCAGAUGUCCAAGAACCCCCCCACCACUCCUUCCCUACCACACCUUCCCCACCACUCCUUCCCCACCACUCCUUCCCUACCACACCUUCCCCACCACUCCUUCCCCACCACACCUUCCCCAUCACACCUUCCCCAUCACACCUUCCCCACCACACCUUCCCCACCACUCCUUCCCCACCACUCCUUCCCUACCACACCUUCCCCACCACUCCUUCCCUACCACACCUUCCCCACCACUCCUUUCCCACCACACCUUCAUCAUCACUCCUUCCCCACCACUCCUUCCCCACCACUCCUUCCCCACCACUCCUUCCCCACCACUCCUUCAUCAUCACUCCUUCCCCACCACUCCUUCCCCACCACACCUUCCCCACCACACCUUCCCCACCACUCCUUCAUCAUCACUCCUUCCCCACCACUCCUUCCCCACCACACAUUCCCCACCACUCCUUCAUCAUCACUCCUUCCCCACCACACCUUCCCCACCACACCUUCCCCACCACUCCUUCCCCACCACUCCUUCCCCAUCACACCUUCCCCACCACACCUUCCCCACCACACCUUCCCCACCACUCCUUCCCCACCACUCCUUCAUCAUCACUCCUUCCCCACCACUCCUUCCCCACCACACCUUCCCCACCACACCUUCCCCACCACUCCUUCAUCAUCACUCCUUCCCCACCACUCCUUCCCCACCACACAUUCCCCACCACUCCUUCAUCAUCACUCCUUCCCCACCACACCUUCCCCACCACACCUUCCCCACCACUCCUUCCCCAUCACUCCUUCCCACCGCUCCUUCCCCAUCACACCUUCCCCAUCACUCCUUCCCCACCACACCUUCCCCACCACUCCUUCCCCACCACUCCUUCCCCACCACUCCUUCCCCACCACUCCUUCCCCACCACACCUUCCCCACCACACCUUCCCCACCACUCCUUUCCCACCACACCUUCAUCAUCACUCCUUCCCCACCACUCCUUCCCCACCACACCUUCCCCACCACACCUUCCCCACCACUCCUUCCCCACCACUCCUUCAUCAUCACUCCUUCCCCACCACUCCUUCCCCACCACACCUUCCCCACCACACCUUCCCCACCACUCCUUCAUCAUCACUCCUUCCCCACCACUCCUUCCCCACCACACAUUCCCCACCACUCCUUCAUCAUCACUCCUUCCCCACCACACCUUCCCCACCACACCUUCCCCACCACUCCUUCCCCACCACUCCUUCCCCAUCACACCUUCCCCACCACUCCUUCCCUACCACACCUUCCCCACCACUCCUUCCCCAUCACACCUUCCCCACCACACCUUCCCCACCACUCCUUCCCCACCACUCCUUCAUCAUCACUCCUUCCCCACCACUCCUUCCCCACCACACCUUCCCCACCACACCUUCCCCACCACUCCUUCAUCAUCACUCCUUCCCCACCACUCCUUCCCCACCACACAUUCCCCACCACUCCUUCAUCAUCACUCCUUCCCCAUCACACCUUCCCCAUCACUCCUUCCCCACCACUCCUUCCCCAUCACUCCUUCCCACCGCUCCUUCCCCAUCACACCUUCCCCAUCACUCCUUCCCCACCACACCUUCCCCACCACUCCUUCCCCACCACUCCUUCCCCACCACUCCUUCCCCACCACUCCUUCCCCACCACACCUUCCCCACCACACCUUCCCCACCACUCCUUUCCCAACACUCCUUCAUCAUCAUUCCUUCCCCACCACUCCUUCCCCACCACUCCUUCCCCACCACUCCUUCCCCAUCACUCCUUCCCCACCACUCCUUCCCCAUCACACCUUCCCCACCACUCCUUCCCCACCACUCCUUCCCCAUCACUCCUUCCCCAUCACUCCUUCCCCACCACUCCUUCCCCAUCACUCCUUCCCCACCACACCUUCCCCACCACACCUUCCCCACCACUCCUUUCCCAACACUCCUUCAUCAUCAUUCCUUCCCCACCACUCCUUCCCCACCACUCCUUCCCCACCACUCCUUCCCCACCACUCCUUCCCCACCACUCCUUCCCCAUCACACCUUCCCCAUCACUCCUUCCCCACCACUCCUUCCCCACCACUCCUUCCCCAUCACUGACUAA